AUGUCCACAGUAGCCGAGUUCCCUCCAGAGAGGUCUGUGCCUCUCACUGAGGAGGCUCUAGCUCUCGAGAAACGACUCAUAGAAGAAAUUCAACAACUAAACACAACAGAAGACGCGAUAACAUUCCUUCGCCGAAUUAUUUCGGAACUUCGUAGCAACACCACUCUACGCCAAGUUGCCCCCGGCCUUCUCAGUCCUCUGAUGGAUCUGGCCAAAGGGAACCUCCUUGAGGAGUCCCAGGAGGGCAGGAAGAUACUAAAAGAUACCAUAUGCGAGAUAGCAGUCGUAUCCCGUCCUCGAGAGUGCUACACCUUCCUUAUGGAAGCACUAUCCCUUCUACCCGAUAGAGAGGCUCGAGGGACCACCACUACCACCUUUGUGGCCGCAGCAGCUCUAUUGCGGGGCCUAUCACGCCUCAUGGUCCGGGUAGAGUCGGGCCGUAUGAAAAGCGAUAGAGCAAGGUAUCUAGUCGGUAUAGUAGCGAUGAUACAGCGUAAGUUUUUCGCCCAACCCAAGGACGGCAGUCCUUCGUAUUGGAAUGCUUCCAACGACUGUGAACUCCUAGAGGAGAUCUGUGGUGCAUGUAUAGAGCUCAUCAGCACCUAUGGAUAUGAUGCUAAGGUCGGUGCUGCUUUACAGGAGGAUCCCAAGGAAUCUUCAUGUCGACUAGAGGUUCUAACAUCAUUAGCGUGCUUGGUUUCAGAGGAGCUCUGUCGUAGGGUGUCCAAGAGCAGAGUAGGUCUGCCCCUGCUCGGGGAUAGUCCAGAGGAAUACAAGCUACAGGACAACACUGUUGGCAAGCUUCUCAACGAUGUGAACUCUGCCGUCUACCACUCCUCGGGUAUACUCCAGUACACCUACAAUAGAAUCCUCACUCUAGUACCGCACGAGGAGACGGGGUUGAUGCAGAGUAGUGACGGUGUGAGCGCGCUGGAUAUGGCCCGGUCGAGGUUGGGCUGGCUGGUCUUGGCCUUUGUGGAGCGCCCGAGAGGAUCUCCUGUCUGGAUGCCUCUAGUCUGGUCGCAUGCAGUAUACACUCAUAUUUUCGCAUGUACUGUACAGCUCCUCUUUGAGAGUAACGAUAUCAUAGCGAUUCGAAGUGGCCUUCGCCUCUUUGGUAAGGAGCUGCAGGGACAUCUCCCUUACCAGAACUUCAUCGAGGGCACACGACAGCGUUGGAAUCCUGGUAAUCUCUUCCGCCACGUGCUAGAGAUUGCUAUCACUAGUGACGAGGCUAUGAUGACCCUGGGAGAGCGUCAGAGGAUGUACACCAUUGUGGAGGGGGACCUUAGGACCUUACCAAUAGAGGAAAGACUGGAGACCUAUUAUCAAGUAGAGAAGACCAGUAGAGUGGACCAAGUGGUAGGUAUUAUACUCAAGUUAUAUGAGGAUGAUUGGUGGAGUGAAGUCCUCCAACAACCUGAUGUGGUACGGCUCAGUUUAGUAGACAAGUUUACUCAGGCUAUACAGACUGCUCUCACUGGCGACUUCAAGGUGGUGGACGGUACUGAUACCAUCAUUGGAGCUGUUAAUUGGUGUAUAAUGAUAUGGUUGGCGGACCCCAUCAAUAACGCUACGGCACGGCAUAUAAGAUCCUCUCAGUGGCUUAGUGGAGUUGUCACUUCCCUGGUAGAGGGUGUGGCCAGCCAGAUCGAUGCUGAAUUGAGGAUAGUAGCCGAGGAUAGUGCCGAUGAGGAACUGAAGGGUGUGGAGAUGAGCCGAUUACAAUUGGUGGCGGCCACUGUGGGGAGGCUGAGAGAGUUGCUAACUACAAACACCUUGGCAAAGGAUGUUGAUGAUGAUAGUGUUAUAACAGAUAUAAACAAAUCCUAA